GUGUUUAAAAGUGGCAGAAAUGUGGAGUUUUUUGUGUUUUUUUUAUUAAUGACUUGUCUUUUUAAGACCUGAAGCUUUACGUCGGCUACUUGUAACGUCAGCUACACACCCACCUGGAUCUGACAUGGAGGGGCAGAUGAUUCACGUUCACGUAUUUACAUUGUGCUUUAUUUUGGUCCUCUGAGCUCAUUAAUCAUGGUUGGUGGAGGAGGAGUAGCUGAUUUAUCUCCGACAGCCGCUGUCAAGAUCUUUUCAGCCGGAACAGCUGGCUGUGUGGCGGAACUGGCCACUUACCCCCUGGACACAGCCAAAGUUAGACUGCAGAUUCAAGGUGAAUCCAAGCCCUCACUGGAAGGCCAAAGGAUACAAUACAGAGGUGUGUUCGGCACCAUCCUCACCAUUGUGAAGACCGAGGGCCCCCGGGGUCUUUACAAUGGACUGGUGGCGGGGCUGCAUCGACAGGCGUGCUUCGCCUCAGUCCGCAUCGGCCUGUAUGACACCAUGAAGCAAUUCUACAACAACGGGUCAGAGAAUGCAGGAAUCGGGGCUCGGCUGCUGGCAGGCUGUUCCACAGGGGCGAUGGCGGUGGCCUUCGCGCAGCCCACUGAUGUGGUGAAAAUCAGGUUCCAGGCUCAGGUCCGCUUGCCUGCGAGCGGCUCUGUGAAGAGAUACAACAGCGCGUUUGAUGCCUACAAGACCAUCGCCAGGGAUGAGGGCGUCAGAGGGCUCUGGAAAGGUUGUCUGACAAAUAUAACUCGCAAUGCCAUCGUAAACUGCUCUGAGCUGGUGACCUACGACAUAAUUAAGGAGCACAUCCUGAAGUACAACGUGAUGACAGACAACAUGCCGUGUCACUUCACAGCGGGCUUCGCAGCGGGUUUCUGCACCACCAUUGUGGUGUCUCCGGUGGAUGUGGUGAAAACACGCAUCAUGAAUUCAACGCCUGGGAAGUACAGCGGUGCUAUUAACUGUGCAGUCAUCAUGCUGAUGAAAGAGGGACCCACAGCUUUCUAUAAGGGAUUCAUGCCCUCAUUCCUCCGUCUGGGUUCCUGGAACAUUGUGAUGUUCAUGAGCUACGAGCAGAUUAAGAGAGCUUUCAUACGAUUCCAACAGUCCUGGGAUUCUGCAGUCUGACAGCUGGUUUAUUGUUACUGAUGUGCCAUAACCACAACCGCCUGUAUCAAGCAGCACGUGCAGCAGAGAGACAAUGUGGUCGGGACUUUAUCCAGACCGGCUCUCUCUCUCAAGGAAUAAACAACACUUAUUGAAGAAACUACCCUCAAAAGAAACACUGCAGGGAUGAUAAACGUUGAAUUGUUACUCACAAUGCACACAUAAUAGCUCAGAAAAUGUUUCUGCCAAUGUUUUUAAUUGCCCUUUUUCCAUUAAGGACAUUUUGGCAUGUCACAAUAAUAAAAGCACAGGUGCAAAUGCUGAAAUGAGUGAUGGCUGAAUUCCAUUUAGCUGCUUCAGUUUCAGGGUCUUUGUAUCAUGGUUUACUAAGACACUUGAAUUGAACAGGGUCAUUACUAAUGUUAUUAGUAACUCCUGUACUUUUCUUACUUCAAUGACAAGUCAAAAAUAUAAACUGAGAACAUGUAUCAUUUACUGGGUGAAGUCUGGGAAAUGGGGAUGUGGGGUUUCCUCCUUUCAGAGUUACACCUCUGUGUUAAAGCACAGUAACUUAUUGGUUUUUGAGAUUUCAUUGAUUGAGUUUUGUAUUUCAUAUCUAGCGUCAUGUGAAACGUUGUUAUGCAGUCUUUCAUCAAAUGUUUAGGAAUUAGGGUUGCAUUUAACAGUUAUAUUAAA